CCUGGAGCCGAUGGCUGGUCUGAACGUGUCUCUCUCGUUCUUCUUGGCCACCAUUGCCCUGUGCCAGGCGGCCAGGAGGGUGUCCAAGGCCCUGCUCCCCAAAGGUGCCUACGUCAGCUUUGCCCUGGAGGCGGCAGGCGCGGCCCAGCUGGGGGCCUGCUGCCUGGAGAUGCGGAUGCUGGCAGAGCUGGGCCCCUGGGCGGGCGGCUUCGGGCCCGACCUGCUGCUGACCCUGCUCUUCCUGCUCUUCCUGGCACACGGGGCCACCUUCGACGGGGCCUCGGCCAACCCCACCGUGUCCCUGCAGGAGCUCCUCCUGGCCGAGGCCUCUCUGCCCGGCACUCUGCUCAAGCUGGCGGCCCAGGAGCUGGGCAUGCAGGCGGCCUGCGCCCUGACCCGGCUCUACUGGGCCUGGGAGCUCAGCGACCUGCAUGUCCUGCAGAACCUCAUGGCCGAACACUGCAGCUCCGCCCUGCGCACGACCGUCCCCCACGGCGCGCUGGUGGAGGGCGCCUGCGCCUUCGUCUUCCAUCUGACCCUCCUCCGCCUCAGGAAUAGCCUUCCCGUCUACAGAGUGCCCGCCGUGGCUCUGCUGGUCACCAUCAUCGCCUACACAGCUGGACCCCUCACAUCUGCCUUCUUCAACCCCGCCCUGGCCGCCUCGGUUACCUUCCACUGCUCAGGGCACACCUUGCUGGAAUACGCCCAGGUGUACUGGCUGGGCCCUCUGACAGGGAUGGUGCUGGCCGUCCUGCUGUACCAUGGCCACCUCCCCCGCCUUUUCCAGAGGAACCUGCUGUACAGUCAGAAGAACAAGUAUCGAACCCCCAAAGGGAAGCCGGCCUCAGGGCCUGAAGGCACCCAGACACCCACAGAGGGGUGCAGAGGCCAGGAGUCUGGGCAGAGGCGGGUGGGGCAGCAGCCGCUGGGCUCCCUGUGA